UUGAUAACCUAUGCGGUCCCGCGGCCCUCGCGGCCCACAGGUGCAAAACUGAAAGGGGAGCCCUAUCAUUCUUCUCAUUUAACACUCUUUCUGCCAGAAAGCGCUGAAGCGUGUUUCCCAAAAUGUUGAGAUAUUCUUUUGAAUUCUCUAAGUAUUUAUUUGGUUCAUCCUUGUAUAUGGAAUAAUAUGAUGUACCUGCGUAGUUUAUCUUUUGACAUUUGUAAAUAAACCUGUUUUGCCAUUUGAAAAGCUUAGUAUCGGCACUGGGAGGAGCCCUGGUGUUUUUACACAAUGUUGACACAUAUUUACAGGACGGAUGCUAUUUGUCAUUAUGAAUUUAAUUUACCUGAUGAACGUUGUUGAUUAAAAAAGUGUACAAAAGAGUGUGCAGAAUUUUAAGUGUAGGGUAGUUUCACGACUCAAAUAUUCUAUAUUUGUCUUCAGGGUGCAACGUGAGCAGCUGGCCGCCAUCUUCCAGCUGCUGAAAGACAACCAGGAAACGUUUGGGGAGGUGUCUGAUGGAGAAAUGGAGGAGCAGCUCAGACUCUACUCCAUCUGAGACUCAUCUUUGUGUUUUGGGAUUCACCCUCUGACGGCGCUCCUGUAACCUACUGAAAGACUACUCAAGCGCACAAAAAUGCUUGAAUAAACUUAUUCACAGUAUUCAAAACAAGAUGCACAGUCCACCCAACUACCGCUCACAUGUUUCAAUAUGAUGUACUUUGUUUGAAUUGUGUUGUAUCUUUGCUGUUUCAAUCCACCUGACUCACAUACCACAUGAAGACAAAACCCAAAGCAGCCGGAUCUCUUGCAGCAUAAAGCAGGAUUUUCUAGCUACCCAUAUGCAAAUAAAGGAGAUAAAGGACUAUUGUUUCUAAUAGUUUUGUAUUGUAAUACAAUAAAUUAAAUAUCUUAAUUUAUUACAUAACUUCUUUUUUUUUAAUGACGUCAUUAAAUAACACUUACUGGAAAUCCUGAAAAGUUAAUUUUGCACAGUACCUCCCUUCUAUUGUGCAACAUACCGUUAGCAAGGUGUGUGAAUGGUGCGAUUGUUUCCUGCAUAACAUACGUGCUGUAGUCCCACCCCAUUUGUCCUUAAAUGACGCACAAAGAUAACUAUGUUAUCUGUCUAGAAAUAUCAGUACAGAAGGCAAACACUUAUCAGUAUUCAACCAAACAUUAGUUCUCAGCUUUAGGGAUGGCAAUCCAAACCUUCAGGGGUUUUUCGUUGCUGCUUGUGAUUUCAGUUUGUACUUUACUUUUUUUUCUAACAUUUGGACAUUUAUCAAGCAUUGGAUGGAGCACUUUCUCAGGACUAACCAGACAAGUAGAUGAGGAAUUGGUUGAGUCCGGAGAAGUAGAAGAAAACUUGAUAAAAAUAGCUGAUUCCACAAAAACAAGUGGGGCAGAGCUAAAAAGUGAUCAAACGAGACGCACUACACCUGGCGCUGCGCCUGAGACUCCCAUGCCCAUCCUCUCCCGAAACUCCUUCAAGAAGGUUCCUCGGUGGGAUUUUGAUGAUAUUUAUAACCAGGAUGCUCCACCCAGGCAGACAACAUGUGCCGAGUCUCUGCGAAACUCUGAGGAUGAAGGCUUCAAGAAGGCUUUCCUCCCCAACGUUCGCAUGUUUAUGCACAGAACCAACAUGAGCGAGUGGAACCGGCUUUCACAUUUUAACAAUCCUUUUGGUUUUAUGGAGUUCAAACAUGAUGAAGUGAUGUCUGCAGUGAAUUUGAUCCCAAAGCCAAACGAGCCACUACUCCCUCCAAAGACAGGCAGUGACAAGUGUCUGCGCUGUGCUGUGGUGGGCACUGGAGGAAUCCUAAAUGGCUCUAAAAUGGGGAAAGAAAUUGAUGCCCACGAUUACGUUUUUCGGAUGAACGGUGCAGCCAUCAAAGGUUAUGAGGAAGACGUGGGAAACAGGACAUCGGUGUACGUUCACACCGCCCAUUCCAUCACUACGUCGCUGUAUUUGUGGCGGAAGUUCGGAUACACAUCUGCCCCUAAAGAUGAGGGUAUAAAAUAUGUAAUUAUUCCUGAAGGGAUGAGGGAUUUCUUUUGGAUGGAGGGUCUUUUCAAAGGAGAAAGGGUCACUGCUGGGCAAUAUAAAAACAACAGGCCAAGGAACUACUAUUCCGGACAGUACAAUGAGACCCGCUUCUAUGUUCUGCACCAGGAUUUCCUCAGAUACGUUCGCAACAGGUUCUUAAAUUCUCCUCAUCUGAAUUCUUCACACUGGGCGAUCGUCAGACCAACCAAUGGGGCAUUCACUGUCUUCCUGGCUCUGCAAACCUGUGACACUGUGAGUGCAUAUGGAUUCAUGACUGAGGACUUCAGGAAAUACUCCAACUACUACGUUGAGAAGCUUAAAAGCAAUAUAAUUUUAUACUCCAACCACGACUAUAUCAUGGAGAAGAACCUGUGGAAAAGACUACACGACAGCAAAAUAAUAAAGCUAUAUCAAAAAACGUUGCCAGAAACAGGAUCGGCAAGUGUUACACCGAAGCACUGAGAAUGUACCGGCUUCGAAUGAUGUCGGCCGACCGAGUGGGCGCUGUCAGCAGAAAUGAGAGUCAACUCAGCAUGGUUGAAAGUUGGUUUGACUCGGGGAGGCCAGAAGUGCCAAUGGAGGUUUUGUGUGUGUGUUUACAAAGCGCUCAGGUAGAGCGCUGGGCUUUGUAGUGAAUUUUGCAUAAUGGCCAAACUGUAGAAUUCUGAUUUCCGGGUCCUUCACGUUGUUGCCAUGGGUCCCAGAAGCAUUUUUUCUCAUAGACUUUUUAAAAUAUUGAUAUUGUUUACCCAAACCCUGCGAGACAAUAUGUGAGAGUUUUGUUUUCGAGGGUGUUUUUUAGAUAUCCUAAUAUUCAUUCGGCCAUCAUACAACUAAAAUGGAAGGAGUGCCUGUCCGGCCUUUAUUUUCACAACAACGGAUUGACUUCACACUUGAACGGUUUCCAUCGGCACUCCUCGAUGUGAAUGGGUUGGGCAAAAUACAAAUAGCGUCUCUCAAGGUGCAGUUUAACAGCACCACAAUGUUUCCAAUGUCAACAGAAAGUUUUAGCAAUAUCUGGUAGAACAGUUUUCAGACAAAAUAACUGGGCAUCAUAACCUUCAUGAAUGCAGGACCUAUCGGAGGGCUUUAUAACAGUUAUUAAGUUUCAGCUAAUUUGAGCAAUUAGCUUGUUUUAAGUGAAGUAGCUUCUCAGUUGUUGAGUCAUCAUUUAUAAUAAGGUCCAUUUUCGUAAUUGUAUUCAGUGUAAAAAACAAAAGCCCAUACAACAAUGUCUCUCUACAACGUCAAAUAGGUGUAUUUUUUCCUUUUCUUUUAGUGGUUUUUGAAUAUUUAAUUAUUGUUUUAUACUACAGGCUUUGCCUUGGUUUUUAUAGUAAGACUGGCCAAAAAGAAAGCGUAAGCUUGAAUAAUUUCUCUAUUUAGUUUUAAGUGUUCAAACUGUUUAAUAAAAAAGUAUUACGUUCA